AUGGCAGAACCUCAGCCUGCAUGUACUCCAGCGGAGUUGAUGCUCAAGGUGAUUAUCGCAGGAACCCUAAGCCACUAUGAAACCCGGGGCAUGAUCGACGAGGUCCGCCUGGAGCAUAUGCUUGCCUGCGGUAAGCAGAUCUUGUACAAGACACACCAAGAAAGUGAAGUUCGUCACAAUCUGGGCAUGUCAACAGCUAUUUGGAAAGGCCUCACAGAAGUCCUCACGAGAGCGAUCCCAGUCCUCGAGUCGCAGUCCUUUGCAUGGAAAAGCCCCGCAGCAAGCUACGAACAUUCCUCCUCCAAUCUCAUUGCCUGCAAUUACUUCUCUCUAGUCAAGGACAUUGAGCGACUCAACGAUCUGUGCACGAUUGCCCGCAACCUCCUCGCGACAACGAAGAAAGCGCAAAACCUCGCAGCAGAAACAGGCUUUGACCAACGGAUUCUCGCGCUCAUUGACACAUGUGUCCGAGUCACGGCUCGAGGAUUCGACGGGGAAACCAAUGCGCGGAACGAAGAGCGAUGGCAGAAAGUGGUCAACCUCUACAAGCGGCUGUUGAUUACAUGCCUGCAGUUCCUCCACAAUUUCGUCAUGCACAAUGAACACCGCAAGAUGGUCCUCUGGCUGGAUCUUUUUGGAUACCACUCGACCGCCGAUACAAACAUAAUCAAACCAAAGGAGCCUUUGGAUGACGCUAGUUCCCGAGAAGGAGUUGCACCCAUUGUGCAGGUAGGAGAGCGUGUAAUCAAUCCACCCAUUCGUGCACUCUAUGAUCAGACUGCUGAAGACCUUCUGUUGGAGACUAUUGCCAAGUUCCCGCGGGAGCCCGCCACAAUCAAAGAAGAAGCUGCGAUGCUACUCCUAGCAAAUAUCAAAGACCACAUGGAGCGAAUUCUAGGCCGGGACCUUAGUGCUAUCCAAGAAAUGGGUCGAGAUCCGGAUCAAGUCAAGGAUAUCCGAGCUGCUCUAACCGCGAUACUAGGAGCCAAGGUUGAUGGCUGGUCUGAUCUCCAGGAGCGUGCCCGUGAGCUUCCACCUUCGCUCCAUGAGGAUGAUAACGAUGAGCCGGAGGAGCUGGAAGAGGAAGGCCAUGUCGAUCACAGUGGACACCGGGAAGAGGAGGAAGAGGAGGAGGAGCAUGAGCUGGCCAAGAAGAAGACUAUUUUGACUAUUGAUCGCAGUCUUACGGCUGGUUUCCCUCGUCUCUGUUGGGCGGAUCUUCCGGAAAUCAGCGAAUUUGGUGCUGUGGAAGGACCUGUCAAUGAUGAGGAUACCAGCAUGCCUCGGUCGUCCCAAUCUGCCGCGGAAACAUUACAAGAGGCCAAGGAUGAGCUCAUGGCACGACUGCAAGAGCCAUCACAUAUCGAUGGGGAUGAGGAACACGAUUAUGACCACGGAGAUGCACACACGGUGGGCGACGAUGAUUCCCGCAGCUUAGAGGCCAUGGCCGAUGGAAGUGUGGACGGAGAUGGAGACGAUGAUGUGGACGAUGACGGUGAAGGAGAUCCAGACGACGACGAAGAAGAGGAGGACGAUGAAUAUCGUGGCCGUCCCGGUGACCAGCAGCGGGGUCUUCUGACUGACAUUCCCUUGGUCCUUGGGCCAGCUGAGAUCGAAGCUUUGCCUAUGAUUGUCCAGGCUGGAAUCGUUGACAGCUUUGGCACGAAGGGCGGCGAACGGAAGGGCUCCAGAAACAUGCAAGCCCUCCGGUGCCAUAUCCUUCUCACACAGGAGACAGGGCGCAAUCUGCUUCGGGAAUUGUUGAUCUUCAUUGCCGCAUGGGAUCUUCCCGAUGACGAACUCUACUUCAAAAUGAUGGUCCAGAUCAUGGAGGCGGUUCUCAAGAAUGGACUCAUGUCUCACGCUUACUCUGACUUCGGUCAACCUAAGGACAUCAUCUCUCCUGCUCAGGCUGUGGUCAUCAAGAUCCUCACUCAUAUCUUCCGGGCCAAAUAUUCUCCUGCCUCGGUGACUGGGUCCGCCCAACCCAACAUUCCUCGCAGCCCCAACUCACUCAAUCGGGUUGAUAUUCUCACUGUCCGAUACAUCUUCACUAUCUUCCGUGGCAACAUCAUCCCAGAGACAUGUGCUUUGAUCUACCUCCAAGGCCAAAUCCGUGCCGAGCGAGCCCUGUCAGAAGACUUCCCACUUAACCUGUGGGAUAUGGAGCGCGUCUACGAGGGUGUCUAUCAGUUCCUGGAGUUCUUCGCUGUACUCACUGAGAACAACGACUGGAAGAACCUCCUAGUCAAAUGGGAGAUUGUCUACGACCUAGUCACCCUGAUCAAGGAGUUAGAGGCAAGCAUCCCCAAGGGUCAACUGAGCCAAUUAUCCUUCGGCUCCGUACCCCCACCACCACCUCCACGCAGCGAGACAGCAGACGCAUCCAGCUCCCCUGCCCCUGUUGCCGUCGAGCGCCCCUACGACCCCAGCGACCCGGACCCCGUCGACAACGUCGCCGGCAGCGUCGAUUCCCGCCCCGAGUCACCCCCCAUCACCGAAGAUCCCUCCGAAUUCGAAUGGCGCAACCUCAAGAAGCUGGUUGUUCUCGUCCUGUCAUCUCUGGUCUGGAAGUGCCCCGAUGUCCAAGAGCAGAUCCGUCGCUACGGUGGUGUCGAGGCUAUUCUUUGCUGCACUGCCUUCGAUGCUCAUAACCCCUACAUCAAAGAGCAUGCUGUUAUGUGUCUUAAGUUCUUGUUGGAGGGUAACCGUGAGAACCAGCGUCUUGUGGAAGAACUCGAGGCCCGGGAGGUUGUUAACAAGGAUGGUGGCGUGUUGGAGCGGGCUGGUUACGAAGCUAUGAUUAACCAGGCGGGCAAGUUGGCCAUUCGGCCCAAGCCUCGCGCUGAGGAAAUCUCAUGA